CUCUCUCUCUCUCUCUCUCUCUCUCUCUUCAAACUUUUGAAAUUUAGAGACUUUUGGAAUUUGGGGCCUACGAUUCCUCUGCUUUCCAGGCGAACCAAAGAGCAGGCAACAGUUUCAGACCUUUGUAGCAUUCACUGGCUUGGUGAUUGCAGCUGACCUCACUCUUAUUGUCUUGCAAAGGAAAGCCAGAACAUAGAGAGCUAGAGAAUGGAAAGGAAAGGGAAAGGGAAAAGGAAAAGAGAGAUGGCGCUGAUUGAGGACAAGAACUCAAGGAUGGUUUGUUUCUCAAAGCGUCGGAAAGGUCUAUUCAAGAAAGCGGCUGUUCUUUGCCAUAUGCACGAUGCUCAGAUAGCUAUCCUUGUUUUUUCCCCAGCUGGAAACCCGUUCCUGUUCGGCCACCCUUCUGUGGAUGCUGUUUUUGAUAGGUACCUUGCCGACAGUUCCACCCACUUAGUCGCUGGUGUUGGUGACAUUGCCGCCGCCACCCAGCAUUCCGCCAUGUCCAAUCAGAUCACAGAGCUUGAACGCCAACUCAGCAUUGAGAACAUGUGUAGAGAGAUGAUGUUGUCGGUGAUGAAAGGUGAGGUUGACAGGGAGGAAUUCUGGUGGGACUCACUUGAGAUGGAGGAGAUGGAGAGGUUGCAGACAGUUUUGGAGAAGUUUAAGGAGAAGGUGUUGGCAUGCUUGAAUGAGAUGUCUUCUGAAUCAUAUGCUUCUGUGGAAGUUGAAGAACAGCGGCUGUUGGAUUUGGUGGAAGAGGAGGGCUCACUUUCAAAAGCUGAGAUUUCGGAAGAGAUGGGCUCAGUUUCGACAGCUGGAAUUGGGAAUUCGGAAGAUGAAGAAGGGAUUUUUAGUGAGCUAUCUCCGCUCUGUCUGGGAUAUGGCUAUUCUUUUUGAAUUUUAUUAUUCUUUUAUUCGCUAUUUCUUCUGGCUUUCCCAAUCGGAGCUUGGAAAUUAGGGCAUGCUUUUUAUUUUUAUUUAAUUGUUCAUUUCUUGAAAAUAUCCAUGUUUAUAUUUUUAUUUUUUUAUUGUCAGUGUAUCCCUUAUUUUUUCAAGGGGAAUUUUGGGGAUUGGGUGUAUGUAUGUAAUUUCAAGGAAAUAAAAGAUUUUAUUGUUUUCUAUUGAAUGCUAUGUUGUUUGAGUUUGUCAUUUGUUUUUUCUCUCACAAAUACCUACAUUAAUCAUGAUUUGUGCAUCCGUUUCUCACAUUUAUGUCACCACUGUAACUAAUGAUGCAAAAUGAGACGUUUUACAUCUGUUUUCUGCCUUGUUUCUUACAUGAUUUCUCUGCCUGGUACACUCAUGGCACCAUUGUCAUAAUACUUAAUGUGAAGUUAACACUUGGCCAUGUUUCAUGUGCUUGACAUUCUGUGCUCAUGUAUGUGGCUAGGAUGGAGUUUAACAUGCCUUUAAUCUUGAUUGAGUCGACGAUUUGAAUUGAACCAUGACCCUUCCCCUUGACAAUUGCUUCCAUCAGUCGUCUCUCUAUCAAUAUGAAACGCUACUUUUGUGUAGAGCAUGUUUCCUGCAAUGAGGCAAUUGUUAUUGAGAAAUAAGUGGCACAGAUCUGAGGGGUAGGUUUUUGACGGUCAACCACAAUCAAGAGAUCCACAAUGUUUUUAUGUAGAUCCAAUCCAAGUAUUGGAUCUUGAUUAUCAGUCAGUCUGGCAUGGAGGAUUCUAAUUUGUGCACUGAAGUUCGCAAAUUCCAUAUGUAUCCGGUUCUUGAUUGAUCCAUUUAUCAGGAGGGAAUGCACAUUUCUUAGUCGAGCAUUUACUCAAGCCAGCAAACUGUUUGUGGAGCCCACUGCUUGGUGAUUCAUACCAUUCAUAAGGUGGACCCACAACUUGAUCUCUUAAUCUCAGAAUUUUGGCUAAUUAACAAUCAUUUGCUUCAUCUGAUGUGCUACAUUUUGGAACUGGAACACAAGGAGAUGACUCUACAACAACUUUACAGGUCUGUUAGUCGGAGCAUUUGUGGGUUUUUUUUUUUUCCAGGCUCCAGCUGACUUUGUUGCAGGUCAGCCAAAAUUUGAAGCGGUUGUGGUGCAUGGGUUGCAGCUUGAUUCAGUUAAGACUCAGAUGCAGAUGAUCGCAAAAAUUUAUAGAGAGAUUCUGCUUUUCAGUCAUUGGAGGAGCAGCAAUUUCUGGUUUUGGACCAUCUGGAUGCACUUUGUGGUUGCAUUUCAGUGAUUGUCUGAUAAUGGCGUUAGUGGAGCAUUCUGGUGGCUGGGUUCUAUUGAUGGAACACUGACAGUUCAGAUUAUAGCGUCAUAUGCAAUCUUCCGCUGGCUAUGUUGCUAGUCAUCUUUGAUAAGUUGCAGAUUCAUAGCUGGUUUUUAACACCUGUUUUCAUCAUUAGAGGCUGCUUCAAAAUUGGUUUCCAUCAGAAUAUUGGUUGCUCAUUAAAUCCUGCUUUGGUAGGCUAGAAAGUUAUGGGGCCUGUGCUUGUUGUGUUUGGAUCAUGGAUAGCAUUGAUUAGUUACAGGCAGAUAUGAUGUCAGAUUUAGGGAGGUUUAUUGGCCAUUGGAUAGUCUUUUCUGUGUUGAAUUUUAGGAUGGAGCACCUGUAGAUUUUUAGGCAAAGCAGAGAUCUUUUGGACAUUAUGUGAUCAUUCUUCAAUCUGGGAUCAAUCCUCUCACCCAUUAAUCUAACGUCCAUAUUGUGGUCCACCUCCAUUUGUGGGAUUCCUUAGUUUCUAAGGCUGUGUUUGGAUUGCAACUCCUUUGCAGAAUCUUGUGCCACCUUCCUAUAGAUUUCAUGGCAAUCUUUUUAUCUUU